CCGCCGCUCCUCCGCGCCGGUCGCCUCUUCCCUGUCAACGGCGCAGAAGCUAAGAUGGCGGCCUUGGCGACCGGCGGGCUGGCCCAACAGCAGCAGAGUUCCAGGGCUACGACGAGUUUCCAAAGGAAAGGGCCGGAUAGAGGAGGCGGAGGCGGCGGCCGCUUGGCCGUUCUGCCGGGCACCCGGCCCUCGGUCCGGCACGGGCAGCUGCUGCUUUCCAGCGGGGUCCCCUCUCUGGACUAUGUGCUAGGCGGAGGUUUGGCAGUUGGAACCCUUCUUCUUAUUGAGGAAGAUGUCUACGGUAUUUAUUCCAAUCUGUUGUUCAAGCAUUUCCUUUCAGAGGGGAUAGUCUGUGGACAUGAUUUAUUUGUUGCUUCAGAUAAAGAGGAGCCUGCUGAUAUUCUAAAGGAACUUCCCUCACCUUUGCUGAAUACCGCUGUAAAUGAAAUAGAAGAAGAAGCUACAGCUGUGAAGUCCAAACAAGAUUCUCAGGAAUCCAUGAGAAUAGCCUGGCGUUACCAGAACAUACCAAAACUGGAGGUGACCCAAGCAGCCUGUUCAAAAUUUGGACACUAUUUUGAUUUAUCAAAAACAAUGGCUCCAGAAUUAAUCCAGAACAUAAAGUGGUAUGGCUUUCCCCUUCUUGAAGAAAAGGUUUUGUAUCCUGAUAUAAAAUCAUGUAAUAUGGCCUGUGGUUAUACCAGACUUCUUUAUUCCAUUCAGAAAGUCAUUCAUCAACAAGGGUUUGAUGGCUCCACACCCCAGAAGAAGCAAAGAAACAUUUUGAGGAUUGGAAUUCAGAGCAUUGGUUCAGUACUAUGGGGUGAUGACAUUUGUAGUACUGAAAAUCCACAAAAUAUUCAUAGUCUCACCAAAUUUAUGUAUGCUCUCCGUGGUCUCCUUAGAACAUCUUUGUCUGCCUGCAUUAUUACUAUUCCAGCUCAUCUGAUCCAGAAUAAAGCAAUUAUGGAACGUGUUACAAACUUGUCAGAUACGGUAGUUGGUCUUGAAUCAUUUAUUGGCUCUGAGAGAGAAACCAAUCCAUUAUACAAGGAUUACCAUGGUUUGAUUCACAUACGCCAGAUUCCUCGGCUUAAUAGCUUGAGCUGCGAUGUGUCAGACACGAAGGACCUUGCAUUUAGAUUGAAAAGGAAGCUAUUCAUUAUUGAGCAAUUGCAUUUGCCUCCAGACUUGUCAGACACAGUGAGCCGCACAAGCAAACAGGAUCUGGCAGAAUCUGCCAAACUGCUGAGCUCAGGAUGUACUGCUAUGGCCACAGGCAAGAAGCACCUGGACUUCUAGUGAUUUCUACUUAGCAGUUUCACUCCGAUUUAUAUGACACUCUAAUUAUGACUGUUAAUGACUUAUGUAAAUAUUUUUCUUAAUGAUUGUGACCCAGUAGUCAUAUAUACAUACAUACACACACACACACACAAACACACUUGCAAGGUGUGUGCCUUAAUUUUCCAUUCUGUUUUUUUAAAAUAUUUGCAAACGUUGUAUUGGAUGUUUCUACAGUUAACAAACACGUCCUAUAUUUUGAUGCCAUUUUAAUGACAUAAAAUAUGUUGCCAUUUUGAAGCUGCAGAAUUUUCUGCAUAGCUGCCAAGUUAUCCCUUUUUUUAAGGGAUUUCCCCUUAUGCUGAAUAGGCUUCCUCGUGAGAAAAGGGAAAACUUGGCAGCUAUGAUUUUCUGUUGCCAUCAACUUUACUGUUAUUACUAAAGUUCAGGUAAUGAAUGAGAAAUGGAAAAAUUACACUUUGCAUGUUAAACACAAGUAUUGUAUGCUGUAUAUCAAUAUUAUGUAUAUUAAAUAAAAUCAUAAUUUUUUAAAAGUGGGUUAUUUUAAUAUCAGACAAUCAUGGCCCUAGAAAAACAUCAUUAAAAAUGACACCUUACUUAGUACCACAUAUACUGUAAGCAUUAAAUUUCUGUGUAUUUUCCACCUGUUCUGUUAUCAGUAAUAUGAUAAAAUAUUUUUCAUGGUGAAAUACAUUAUAGAUAAUUACUUUGCCUUAUGGGCUAAUAAAUAUAUUAAAUUGCUUGAGUGAAACUUACUAAACAUAUACAAAGAAUUGCUUUUCAAUAUAGUUCAAAACAGUAAUCCUAAACAACUGAAGUCAGCAAAAUGAAAUUAUGUCAGCAGACAUUAUUCAAGAUUGAAAUUCAAACUGACAGCUACAUUAAUGCUAGAAAACCAGGGGAGUGCAUUGGAGCUUAGGGAAGACAUAUCAUAGAAAGAAGUGUAUGGAGCAGCAGAAAACAAAACCAAUUCAGGGUUCCAUACUAUUCUGUAUAUACUAUUUGUAAACAUAUGAAUUUUUCCCUAGGUAAAAUGUAUAAAUAUUUAUCAGCAGCAAGAUUUGCAUAUUUGUAUUAGAACUAAUGUACAAACCAUGUGAAUAGGUGGCUAUCCGGAAAUGGUUUUCAAGUGGGACCUGAAAAUUACUUUCUAUAUAGUUCUAUUUUGAAUUAGCCUUGAUAGAACUUUCCACUAAGUUCAUUUUGGAUUGAAACUUAGGUCUUUAAACUGUCAUUUUAUAGAGUUGGGCUGAAUACAGUAAAUGCUUACUGUAAUAAUGUUAAUGUAUUUUGAUGGGAUUAGAACUAAAGUGUUGGUUAAAUGAUUUACUUUUUAUAACGCUGUGAGUAAAAUGGAGACAUAGCUUUUAAAACUGUCUAAUGUGAUGAAUGUCAAUCAUUUAAAAAAAUCCACUGUACCAUAAACACACACUGUAUACAGCUUUUAUUCUGAAUUAGAAUAAUUGAAUCAAUGACAGUGAUUUGCCAGGAUGUCAAAUCUAUCCAUCAUAUCCUGUCACUACCAGUUUAUUUUUCUGAUCAAAAUCAAAAAGACUACUGUUUUGUCACCCGCUAUUUCAUUAGAGGUAACAAUUGAGUUUUUUUCUCUCUUUUUCAAAUAUAUGUCUGUUUUAUUUUUUAUUUUUACUAUUUCUAAAGACGCAAAUCCUUUUAAAAAUCUAUUCAAAAUAAAGUUUCAGAACUGA